AUGGCAGGUACUCGCGGCACAACCCGCAAAUCCUCCGGUCCAGCGCAAAAGGGUACCCAAAAAACGCUCGCGUUCACAAACAACAAAGUCACCAAACCCUCUGCGGCACUCCCUGGCAAACCCUCGAAACUCUCGCAGAACAUCAAAUCAGAAAUCAUCAAAGCAGAAGAUAUAAAAUCAGAAAUCGACUCUGCGUCGCAGGACCUAGGACAUAUUGAUUCUGCGCCUGCGAUCGAGAGACAGGCGAAAGCGGAGAUCAAGAAUGUGAAACAGGGAUUGAAGGACGGCACGAGGAGUGCGCAGGAGGUGAGGGCGAGUAAAGUCAGCGAUGAGCAGAUUAAGAAGUUUUGGAGAGAUAGGGAGAGGGAGAGGUUGGUGCCGAGGGUUCACAUGGGUGGGAUUCCGCUGGAGGAGAAGGUUUGUAGGUUUUUUGAUAUGAGUAGUGAGUUCGGGCCAUGUAUCGGAAUCUCUCGAAUUCGUCGAUGGACUCGCGCCCAGAAACUUGGUCUUAACCCACCAAUUGAGGUCCUGGCAGUGUUGCUCAAGGAAGAAGACAAAGGAAACGGAAGAAAAAUUGAACGAGCAUAUAUUGAUGAAUUAUUGAAUUCAUGGGGUGGUGUCUCCUCUGAGGCUCAAUCAGGUUGA